UUAGAUUUUAAGAUAUACUAGAUUUUAUCAACGUGCUCAAAAUAACUUUCAUUUGGGAGGGACGGAAAUUUUGGGAAUCAAUUAGUUACACAAGGCUCAUAAGCUUGGGGAUUACAUAUAUAACUUUCUCCGUAUCUGUAGACAUUCAAACAUUUCUCGGAGAGGAGAUAAAGAACAAAAUGACCAUGUUUACACAGCUUGCUCUGAUUUGCGUUUUCUCACUGACAUGUGCCAAAGAAAUGUGCAUCAAAGAGGCCGACAUUGCCUUCAUUAUUGAUUCGUCGAGCAGCAUUUGGAAACCAAACUUUCAAGUUCAGAUUGAUUUUCUGUACAAUCUUUUGAACAUGUUUGACAUUUCACCCUCCAAAACGCAGGUCGCUGCAGUGUCUUACAGUAAUAUCAUAAAUCCCGAAUUUCAAUUCAAAACAUUCAGCAGUAAAAACAGAGUUCUGACUGCCAUAAAAAGGAUCAGGUACACACAGGGUGACGCCACAAGAACGUACAAAGCACUCAAGUACAUGAACGAAAACAUAUUUACUAAAGCAAAUGGCGCCCGAGAUGGUGUCGUCAAGAUUGCAAUAGUAAUGACGGACGGAGAAACAAAUCCCGGAUUAUAUGACGGCGAACUGACAUCGGAAGAGGCCAAAGAAUGGACCCAGGUGGAGGCAAAGAGAGCCAAAAGCAACGGGGUGUACUUGUUUGCUGUUGGUGUUGGCGAUCGUAUAAAUGAAAAGGAACUUAAUGGUAUCGCAAGUGAACCCAAGUCAGAGUACAUGAUCAAGGUUACUGAAUACAAAGAAUUUCGAACGGAUAAACUCAAGGAUCUUCUCACAAACAGGACAUGUGCAGCUGGCCGAACAACAACCCCGAAACCACAAGAAAAGGAAUGUUGGGAACUGGUCGCUGAUGUAAUAUUCGCCAUUGACCAAUCAACUAGUAUCAAUACGCAGAAAAACUUCAAUCUGGAGCUAGAUUUUGUUGGUAAGGUGUUAAAAACGUUUGACGUGGGUGUGGAGGAGACCCGCGUGGGAGCUGUAGUGUUCAGUGACGAGGCUGAACGUGUCCUUGACCUUAAAGAGGGAGUGUCGAAAGAUGCCGCACUGGAACGCGUCAAAAAUAUCACGUGGGGUAAAGGGAACACUUUUAUGGACAAGGCAUUUGCUAAGAUGAGAGAAGGAUUUUCCAAAGAAAAUGGCGGUCGCCCUGGUCAGGUUCCUCAAAUUGCAGUGCUUCUUACGGACGGGGUCGCUACAGACCCGUAUAAAGCUGUGGAAGAAGCGAAAAAACUAAAGAGCCUGGGUGUAGAAGUGUUUACUAUAGGUGUGAAGGACGCCAAGAUGUCGGAAUUGAACGCGUUGUCCAGUGAUCCGCAGUCUCAGCAUGUGUUCGAUGUGGACAGUUUGGAGGGACUGUCUUCUAUUGUUAGUCGCCUGUCUAAGAGUGUGUGUAGUAGUGGAACACGCUAAGAAAAUACUAGCUGUUUUGUGACAGGAUAUCUUUGCCAAAGAAAAUGUUUGAAAAAAGCAGAUAUAGCUUUUGUUGUCGAUUCUUCAAGCAGUAUCUGGUAUCUUAACUUUGUUAGGCAGCGUCGCUUUCUUUACGAUAUCUUGAGCCCCUUUGAUAUUUCUCCAACAAAAACCCAGGUUGCCGCCGUUUCGUACAGCAACUUCAUCAGACCAGAGUUUCAAUUUAAUACAUAUAAAGACAAAACCAGUGUUCUCGGUGCAACACAAAACAUCACACAAACAAAUGGUGAUGCGACAAGAACUUACAAGGCUUUGGAAUACAUGAACGAUCAAAUUUUUACUUCUAAAAAUGGUGCGAGAAAUGACGCAAUUAAAAUUGCCAUAGUGACCACAGACGGAGAAACAAACCCAGGUAGUUAUGAUCGUUAUUCAAAGGAAGAAGGAAAGAAAAUGACAUUACUACAGGCACAGCGAGCCAAAGACAAUGGUGUCUAUGUCUUUGCUGUGGGAGUUGGAAAAGACGUCAAUGACCAGGAACUCCUGGGAAUAGCCAGUGGACCAGAAUCUGUCAUCAAGGUGAAUACCUAUGAAGAAUUGAGAGAAAACGAGCUACAGGAUAAAUUGAUAGAUUGGACAUGUGAAGCUGGGGAGAAAACAACACUUCCACCAGCCCCGCCCAAUGUUCAAUGCGAGAAAAAAAAGGCUGACAUAAUAUUUGCCAUUGACCAAUCAUCAAGCAUCGGUGACGACAAACAAUUUAGAAUUGAACUUGAUUUCGUCAACAGUCUAAUCAAAGAACUGGACGUUGCUUCUGAUCAAACUAGAAUUGGCGCUGUCGUGUUUAGCACCAACUCAGAGCGCCGCCUGGAGCUCCGAGAUGGCAUCAAUCGCGAGACUGUUAUUGAUACAAUUCAAAAGUUUGAAUAUGGCACUGGCGAUACCUAUAUUGGUAAAGCUUUUGCAGACAUGAGGGAGGGCUUUCUUCCAGCUAAAGGCGGUCGGCCAGGUUUAGUCCCCCAAAUUGCUGUAUUAAUAACAGAUGGAGAGGCGACCGAUCAAAAUACUAAAGCAAAACCUGAGGCCGACAAAUUGAGAAAUAGCGGUGUCGAAAUAUUUGCAAUUGGGGUGAAAGGAGCCAAUCGCAAACAAUUGGAGAGGUACGCUAGUAGACCAAGUAAUGUCUUCUUUGUGGAUGAUCUGAAUGCUCUAAAUACCAUCUCUGGCGCUGUGCUCACGGAACUCUGCGAAUGAUCGUCAAACAAAGGUUACCAAUUUGGUGAUAUACCCGGUAGACCCUGACCUGUAUUUUGGAAAAUUGAUAAUAAAGCAUUUUAAUUA